UCGAUAAUUCACAAGGUCUUGUGAUAGUGCAUCCUGACGUGCUUAUAUCGGCGACCUCUGUCGCGGAUUCGUUCACGUGCAUGCGAAAGGGAGUUCUAAAUGAUCGAGUCAAUGGUAACUUUUUUUACAAUUCCGCGCUAACAUACGGAAGCUUAUUUCAUGAAUUGAUACAAUCGUGUCUUACAAAUCAAAAUUUCACCGAGUCCUUUAUGGAAUCGGAGGCAAAAAAGCUAACGAAACAAUCAAUUGAAAAGCUUUAUUCUGCGGAUUUAAAUGAGAAAGAUGUAAUUAGGGAGUUGAUAGAAGAAAUCCCGCGAAUUCAAGCCUGGGCUGAUAAGUUUAUCAGUGAUAUACCAAAACCAAUAGAAGAACAUCUUUCAACUAGCAGAGUUAAACCUUCCAUUUGCAUUAGCAAAAUUCUGGAUACGGAAGAACACAUUUGUUCCACAACCUAUGGUCUCAAAGGAAAAAUUGAUGUUUCUAUGGAA